UCCUCUACGCAUCUCCUCCUCCUCCUCCUCCUCCUCUUCCUCCUUUGUUUGUCGUGCUACUAGCAAUGGAGGCAUCUCUCAGGCUCAAGCUGUUCGCCAUGGCCAUGAUGGCCGUGCUGAUGGCCUCUUCCAUGGUGCAGCAGUCCGCCGCGGCCGAGGCGCCCGCCCCCAGCCCCACCUCAAGCGCCCCCGCCCCGUCGACCGCCGCCGCGGCCCUAGCCUCGGUGGCUGCCCUCGCCUUUGGCUAUCUCUUCUGUGUUGAGAUAAUUGCCUAUAGUCCGUUUAACAUUGGUCGUCAUAUAACGACAUUGUACGUCGAGAGGGUAUUGACUACCAUGAACUUGGUAUUCAUUAUCUUUAAGCAUGGUUCCUCUCCAAAAGUGAUAUGUAAGCUUGUGAUUCUAAGAGGGAAGAUCGAGUCACUCGUGAGCCCUGUUUAUAUUGAUCAUGACCCUUUUUAUGUGCUCGCUAACUAUCCUUAUGGAGCGACCACGUUCACGACUAUUUCUUCCCCCUCAGCGACUCAACUCCCCCAAUCUUUGUCGACCACCGAACAAGCCCUAGAUUCUCCUCCGCCUGAUCAUUUUCCCGAUCAAUUCCCGGCCAUUAGGACGUGUGAGAGAGAGAUCGAGGUGGUCGGCAUGGGAGAGGAUGAAUCGGCCGCGCGCGGGGGCCACUUCGGUUCGGCGCCCAGGGGUAGCCGCGGCGUCCACUACCUCGCUAAGUGCGUCCUUCGCGGAAGCGCCAUCCUCCACGCCGUCCAGGGACACAUACGCUCGCCGUAUUCCUCGGACAUCGUGUUCGGGAAGGAAACAUCACUGGAGUUGGCAUCUAUCAAUGAAGAUGGCAUUGUACAAUCAAUAUUUGAACAAAGCCUUUUUGGUGCAAUAAAGGACCUUGCCAUCCUACCAUGGAACAACAGAUUCCAAGAACAUGCACAUCAGGCACAGGGAAAAGACUUGUUAGUUGUUCUUUCCGAUUCAGGAAAACUUUCAUUUCUUACCUUUUGUUCUACCAUGCACAGGUUCUUUGCUGUGACACAUAUUGAAUUAUCCAAACCAGGGAAUGUGGUACAUCAAUUAGGAAGAAUGUUGGCUGUUGAUCCUAGAGGCUGUUUUGUUGCUGUUAGUGCAUAUGAAGAUCGAUUUGCACUAUUUGAUGUGUCUAUGAUUUCUGAUAGCAACAUUGGUUAUGAGAAAAUUUCCUAUCCAUCGGAAAACAAAACAGAAGGAAGCAGUGGUCAGGAUACAUUGGGUACCAGCAUCCGUGGUACAAUUUGGAGCAUGUGCUUCAUUUCAGAUGGUACUUAUCAGAUAGAAGGAUAUCAUUCCAUUUUGGCAAUUGUAAUGCACAGGAAAGGCUCGUUCAUAAAUGAGUUGCUGUUAUUUGGGUAUAAUCGCCAUGCACAUGCUAUACAAGUUAUAUCCUGGUAUUCUGAAACAGGGCCUUUAGCAAUUAAUAUAUCUGCCAUUCCUCAUUUUCCUGGCUUUGCAAUUCUUUUUAGAAUAGGAGAAAUGCUUUUAAUGGAUCUCAGAGACCCACAGAAUAUCUGUUGUCUUCACAAGAUAAAUUUGAACAUACCAAGUUUGGUUGAAGAUCGAAGCUUUGUUGAAGAGUCAUGUAGGGCAUUAGAUGAUGACGAAGGCAUGUUCAAUGUAGCUGCUUGUGCUUUGUUGGAAUUACGAGAUUCUGGUCCAGAUAUGUUUAAGGUUGAUGAUCCUAUGAGCAUUGAUAGUGGAGGCGGGAAAGGAUCUUCAAGUUCCAAGCUUGUAUGCUCAUGGACUUGGAGACCUGGUAAUUCCAUGGAUCCUAAGUUAAUAUUUUGUUUGGACACUGGGGAACUAUACAUGGUUGAGAUUUAUUCUCACACUGAAGGAAUAAACAUUAAUUUGUCGGAGUGUCUCUACAGGGGUUCGCCAUGCAAAGCACUCUUAUGGGUCAAGUGUGGAUUAAUUGCAGGCUUAGUGGAGAUGGGAGAUGGAUUUGUCCUUAAGUUGGAACACGCUAAAUUAUUUUACAAAAGUUCUAUUCAAAACAUUGCUCCAAUUUUGGAUGUGUCUAUUGCUGAUUACCAUGAUGAGAAACAAGACCAAAUGUUUGCUUGCUGUGGAAUGAAUCCGGAGGGUUCACUACGAAUUAUUCGAAGUGGUAUAAGUGUAGAAAGGCUUUUAAGGACUGCCCCAAUUUAUCAAGGAGUAACUGGUACAUGGACUCUGAGGAUGAAACAAAGUGAUCCUUAUCACUCCUUUCUUGUGUUAUCUUUUGUUGAAGAAACUAGGAUUUUGUCCGUUGGUUUAAGCUUUAACGAUGUAACUGAUGCAGUUGGGUUUCAGUCUGAUGUCUGCACUUUGGCCUGUGGUUUGUUUGCUGAUGGGGUGCUUGUGCAGAUUCACAGGAGUGGUAUAAGGCUCUGUUUACCUACCACGUCUGCUCAUCCAGGGGGUGUCCCUCUUUCUCUACCAAUAUGUGCUUCUUGGUCUCCUGGUAGUAGGACAAUUAGUGUUGGUGCAGUUGGUCAAAAUUUGGUAAUUAUAGCUACUUCUAAUCCUUGCUUUUUAUCUAUUAUUGGUGUGAGAUCACUCUCAACUUAUAAUUUUGAAGUAUAUGAAAUUCAACAUGUGAGACUGCAGUAUGAGGUUUCAUGCAUUUCUAUACCAUUGAAAAAUACCAAUAACAAACAUAUAGCUUCAGAAGCUAGACUAGCUAAUAAGGAUCAUGAAGUUAGUCACUUUGAUAAUUUUGAUAUUAAUAUGGCUUUUGUCAUUGGCACUCAUAAACCAUCAGUUGAAGUUCUCUCAUUUGCAAAUGAAGAAGCUUUUAGAGUGCUUGCUACAGGAACUAUUGCAGUAAAUAAUGCUCUUGGUAGCCCUAUCAGUGGAUGUAUUCCCGAAGAUGUUAGGCUUGUAUCAGUUGAUCACCCUUAUGUUCUUGCGGGCCUGAGAAAUGGAAUGCUACUUCGUUUUGAGUGGCCUGCAAUACCCGAAUUCCUCCAGUCAGAUCCGAGCAGGCAAAGUUGUUUCCCUAGGUCUUGUUUUAGUGACUAUGAAAGUUCCUCAUCAAUUGUGGCAAAUUUGAAUUCUUACAAUAGUGUAACAGAACAGGCUAAAAACUGUAUUCCCAUAUUCCUGCAAUUGAUUGCCAUUCGACGCAUUGGGAUUACUCCUGCUGUUUUGGUACCCUUGAAAGAUUCACUUGAUGCUGACAUAAUUGUUCUUAGUGAUAGGCCAUGGGUAUUACAUGCAGCAAGACACAGCCUUGCAUACACAUCCAUUUCAUUCCAACCUGCGACUCAUGUCACUCCCGUCUGUUCUGUCGACUGCCCUAAGGGAGUUCUGUUUGUUGCAGAAAACAGCCUACAUCUGGUUGAGAUGGUACAUUGCAAGAGACUUAAUGUACAGAAGUUCUCUAUUGAUGGCACUCCGAGGAAAGUUUUAUAUCAUAGUGAAAGUAAAACAUUGCUGGUGUUGAGAACUGGAUUAGGUGGUGGAUCAUGUUCAUCAGACGUAUGCCGAGUAGAUCCUUUUAGUGGAACAUUGCUUUCAAAGUUUCAAUGUGAACCUGGGGAAACAGCAAAAUGUAUGCAAAUAGUGAAGGUAGGAAAGGAGCAAGUCCUGGUUGUUGGAACCAGUCAGUCUGUUGGCAGGAUUAUAAUGCCCAGUGGUGAAGCUGAGAGUACAAAGGGACGCUUGAUUGUGCUGAGCUUGGACUCCGCACAAAAUUAUUCAGAGGGAAGUCCAUUGAUUUACUGCUCUAAUAUGGAUGUAUCCUCCCAAGCUGGUUCCCCGUUCGGGGAAAUUGUUGGGUAUUCUGCUGAACAGUUGUCUAGCAGUAGUCAUUGCAGCAGCCAAGGUGAUCCUUGCAGUGAUGGAAUUCAUCUUGACGAAAUUGGGGCAGGGCAAUUGCGAUUAGUUUCUCAAGCCACAUCAUCUGGUGCUGUACUGGCAGUCUGUCCUUAUCUAGAUCAAUAUGUCUUGGCUUCUGCUGGUAAUACUCUUAAUGUUUUUGGCUUUGCAAACGAGAAUCCUCAACGUCUGAGAAAGUUUGCCGUAGGCAGAACACGCUUUACCAUUACUUGUUUGAGGACACAUCUCACUAGAAUAGCUGUUGGUGAUUGUCGUGAUGGCAUCCUUUUUUAUUCUUAUCAUGAGGAUGUUAGAAAAUUGGAGCUUUUGUAUUCUGAUCCUGUUCAGAGGUUGGUUGCUGAUUGUGCUCUGAUGGAUUGUGAUACCGCUGUUGUGUCAGAUCGUAGAGGCAACAUUUCUGUACUGUCAUGUCCCAGUUCUUUGGAAGUCAGUGAAUACCCAGAGAAGAACUUGGUGCUAAAUUGUUCAUUUUACAUGGGAGAAACUGUUAUGAGCAUCCAGAAGGCUUCAAUUUCAUGUAAACUUCCGGUAGAUAAUGUUCUCAAUGGUUCUGAUGGUGUGGAAAGAGUUCUAGAAUCUUCCUACAACAGUGUUGUUGCAAGCACAUUGCUAGGAAGUGUCUUCGUCCUCAUUCCUAUUACAAGCGAAGAACAUGCAUUGCUAGAAUCUGUGCAAGCUAGACUUGCAGUUCAUUGGCUGACUUGUCCAGUACUAGGAAAUGAGCACAAGGAAUAUCGUGGGCGUGGACUGCCGGCAGGAGUGCCUACCAUACUUGAUGGGGACAUGCUUAUGCAGUUCUUGGAGCUAACAAGUUUGCAGCAAGAAUCUGUGCUUGCUUCACCUGGAUCAAGUACGCAUGCAUCAGCUUCAGACUUGCACCAAUCACCUCUGUCUGUCAACAUGGUUGUUCAGCUUCUUGAACGUAUUCAUUAUGCCCUUAACUAAGUUUAUCAUCAUCUGUCCACGUCCCUCUAUGUGCACCGAGGUUUUUUCAUAGAGCUAGACAAGAAAGGCUUGUGAUGUCCACAAAUAAAUGAGCCACCUUGUAAAGGUCAGAAAAGUAUCGGGGAGCUUGUAUUGUUGUUGGCCUCAAGAGCAUGCCAAGUUACUCGGCAGAAGUUGCGAAAGGAGUCAUAACAAGCCCUGAUCAGUUGAACAGCUCUGUCCCUUUGAACUGGAGGUUCUGUUCUUAUAGUGGAAGAUAGGAAUUUUGGAGUGAUGAUUCAAUUGUUUCUUUUCUUAGGUUAGAAUUCUCUGUACAAUAAAUCUUCUUAUUUUUUUCAAAAACACAAUUUGACUGUUACCAAGUGCAUAGUUUACCAAAGUGCCACAAUUAUAUUUUUCUGAUAAACUUAUCUGUUUUGGAUACUCAA